GGUGCUGGUGCCGGUGGAUUUGGGGGUGGAGCAGGAGCUGGUGGAUACGGUGGCGGUGCAGGAGCUGGAGCAGGUAGCUAUGGAGGAGGAGCUGGAGCUCAAGGGGGAUAUGGAGGUGGAUCAUCUGGUGGAUUUGGAGGCCAAAACGAAGCCCCCAAACCCUACAACUUCGACUACCAAGCUGCUGAUGAACAAGGCAAUGUACACUACCGUAACGAACAAGGAGAUGCCAGCGGUAACGUCAAGGGAACAUACGGAUACACUGACGCUCAGGGACUCUACCGAGUAGUCGAAUACAUCGCUGAUGCCAGCGGAUACCGUGCCAACAUCAGGACCAAUGAACCAGGAACUGACGGCAAAGAAAGCCCCGCUGAUGUCCAACUGACGGCUGAACAGCCACCUGCAGGUAUCCAAGACAGGUACACCCCAGCUGGAGGUGCUGGAUCCUACAGAGGAGGCGCUGGUGCUGGAGGUUAUGGAGCUGGCUCUGGAGCCGGAGCUGGAGCAGGAGGCUAUGGAGCAGGUGCAGGAGCCGGUGGAUAUGGUGCAGGAGCUGGAGGUGCUGGAGCAGGUAGUGGAUUCGGAGCUGGAGCUGGAGUCGGUGGUGGAGCACGAGGUGGAUUCGCUGGCGGACGAGGUGGAGCCGGUGGUUACGGAGCUGGUGCUGGAGUAAGAUCUGGAAAAUCUGGAUACUAAACGACAACCUAAACGGAUAAUUUUCAAGUUAUGAACAAAAGGACUUCGAAAAAGUGCCAAAUGAAGAUAUUCAAUUUUAUCGAAGGACUUAACUCUCUUUCAGAAGGGUCUUAUUAAAACGUGAAUUGUCUCUGAAUAAAAUUGCUGAUCAGAGGAGCUUUAAUAUAUUCACAGCACUGAUGCACUUAUUGCAAAAAACAAGUGCUUCCGUGCUUUGGAUGUUUAAUGA